UCGAUUGCUAAAUAACAAUCUACCCAAAGUACAAUUAACAAGAUUAAACAGCGUUAUGUUUGAACAAAAUAAUUUAAUUGAUUCGAAUAAUAAUAAUAAUUUAGACAAUGAUCUUGAUAAAAAUUCAACAAAUGCUGAUAAAAAAAAUCCAGUUCAUGAUGACAAAAAAAGUAUACUAAAUACUCGGAACAAUUUUUCUGAUUAUGAAUCCAAAAUCGAUGUAGCAAGUGCUAAUAACAAUCAAUCAUGUGACGAAGAUGAAAAGCUUUGCUCGAUGAAAAUGGCUAUUUCUUUGGGUGAAACACAUGCUCUGGUACACACUUUAGAGAAUUCAUCGAUAAGCUUAGCAACACAAAGUGGAUCUUUUGCCGUAAUUGAAAAUAUUGAAAAAAAUAAUACUGAUUAUUCCAUAAAUAAUGAAAAUAAAAGUACCGAUAAAAAUAAUCUAAAUGACGAAAAUGUUGAGUUUUGUUUGACGAACAAAAAGUUGAUAGACACGGCUAUUUUUCCGGACCAAACAUCUACUCUAAAAGAGACUUUAGAGAAUCCAUCAAUCAGUUCGAUAGUACCAAUAAAAUUUUCUGCCUCAAUUGAAAUUACAAAAAAAAUAAGUGAUGAUUACACCACUGAUAAUGAAAAUACCAAUAUUGACACACAUAAUUCGAAUAGUAAAAAUGAAAAGAUUUGUCUGCCAAACGAAAAGUUGAUGGAAAUGGCUGCUUCUUUUGGUCAAACCCCUGCUCUGGUACAUACUUCAGAGAAUCCAUCAAUCAGUUCGAUAGUACCAAUAGAAUCUUCUGCCUCAAUUGAAAUUACAACAAAAAUAAGUGAUGAUUACACCAUUGAUAAUAAAAAUACCAAUAUUGAUACACAUAAUUCGAAUAGUAAAAAUGAAAACGUUUGUCUGCCAAACGAAAAGUUAAUGGACAUGGCUGCUUCUUUUGGUCAAACCCCUGCUCUGGUACAUACUUCAGAGAAUCCAUCAAUCAGUUCGAUAGUACCAAUAGAAUCUUCUACCUCAAUUGAAAUUACAACAAAAAUAAGUGAUGAUUACACCAUUGAUAAUGAAAAUAAAAAUAUUGAUACACAUAAUUCGAAUAGUAAAAAUGAAAAGAUUUGCCUGCCAAACAAAAAUUUAAUGGAAAUGACUAUUUCUUUGGGUCAAACACCUGCUCUGGUACACAUUUCACACGAUUCAUCGAAUAGCUUGACAACCGUAAUUGAAUCUUCUUCCUUGAUUAAAAAUACGGAUUAUACCAUAGAUAAUGUAAAUGAAAGGACCGAUAAAAAUAAUAUAAAUGAGAAAGACAGUGAGUUUGGUUUGACGAACGAAAAUUUGAUAGAAACGGCUACUGCUUCGGACCCAACACCUACUCUAGUACACAUUUCACAGGAUUCAUCGAAUGGCUUGACAACCGUAAUUGAAUCUUCUGCCUUGAUAAAAAAUACGGAUUAUACCAUAGAUAAUGAAAAUGAAAGGACCGAUAAAAGUAAUAUAAAUGAGAAAGACAGUGAGUUUUGUUUGACGAACGAAAAUUUGAUAGAAACGGCUACUGCUUUGGACCAAACAUCUACUCUGUUACACAUUUCACAGAAUCCAUUUGUAAAUGUGAAAAUGCCAGUAGAAUCUUCUGACUCAAUUGAAAUUACACAAAAAAUAAAUAAAGAUUACACUAUUGAUAAUAAAAAUGAAAUUUCCGAUAAACAUGAUUCAAAUUGUAAAAAUGGAGAAAUUUGCCUGGCAAACGAAAAGUUAAUAGAAAUGGCUAUUCCUUUGGAUCAAACAUCAAUUCUAGCACACACUUUACAGACUCCAUCAAAAAAUUUGACCAACUCAACCGAAUCUACUGCUUUCUUUAAAAUAAUAGGAGAAGGGAAUCAGGAUUAUCCCAUUAAUAAUGAAGAUAAAAAUGCAUACAAAUUAAAACAGUCGAUUGAUACGCAUGACAUUAAGAUUCAUAAUUUCGAAGAAAGUGUUCUGGUACAAUGCAAACCAACAAAUUUAUCAACAGAAAUUUCGGAUUUCCCAAAUAACGUGAUACUAGUAGAAAAGAGUGACAUAGCUGCCAACACUGUUGAUCAUGAUAUAAGCAUUGAUUCUGAAGCGUUUGGGAAUGAACAAAGAGAAACGAAUAACUUCGAUGACGUUUUUAAUGCUGAAUGUGCCGCCGAUAUUCGAAACAAUCAAUCGUUGUUUUCACAUGUGACCAUUACACAAGAAGACAAUUUAAUAGAGUUGGCAAUUUUACCAACGGAUUCAAUAGAGAUUCAAAAUUUAUACGCUGAUGAAAGUGAUCUUUUCAUUUAUGAUACAAAUACUGAGAUUUCUGAUAGGUUAGAACACAUUUUAUCGGCACAAUUAGAAAGCAGAACCAUCGAAAUAGUUAGAGAUGACUCUGGAAUUACAGAUGGACUUGAUUUAUCUACUUUUCCGCAAGUGACUUGCAAGAAUAAACCAUUUAUUCUAGAUACCUCUGCGUUAACUUCAUCUUCUUGUGAUUUUCGAGAAGCGGAUGAUUUAAAAGACGAAACUUUCGAUCCCUCCAAAAUACAGCAUUCUUCAACUCUCUUACAAGAUGAAACAGAAGAAUUCGUUUCUGACAGUAGUACAAAUUGUAUCCAUACAGUCUCUAACGUACAAGAAAAUUAUCAAAUAAUUGACUCUACUAGUGAAAACAAUAAAACUGAAAAUGAAAAUAAAGAUGUAGAGAACAAAAGAUGCAAUGAAAACUUACAAGAUACAUCUGACACCCCAACUUUCGUUAAUUCUCUUUCAGCAUUACGGAAAAUUCCUUUUGCACGAGUAGGAUCAUGUGACAAUUCAGAGAUAGAGGUUUUACCUAACACCACUCCUCGAUGGCAAAAAAAAUAUGCAUGCAUGUAUUGUCACAAAAAAGUUGUGAAAUUACCUCGCCACCUCGAAACAGUACAUAAAGUAUUCGAAGAUGUGAAAAAGCUCAAAGACAUUGGGAAAGGUACUAAAGAACGUAAAGAUGUUUUAAAAAUUUUUAGAAAUAAUGGUUCUUUUAUGCAUAAUACGAAUAAAAUUUACAAUGAUGGUACACUACUUGUGCCUCGCCGACCAAAUACGAUAAGAAAAGCUACUGAAUAUACUACGUGCCCCAAUUGUUUGCUCACAGUUACUAUAUCUAAUUCACGAAAGCAUAUUUCGAAAUGCAUUGAUCCCAAAAUAAAGGGAUCACGUACUUACAAAAUUCUUGGAACUACUGUCGAAGGGAGAUUACAUUCUACUGCUAGUGAUACGUUACGUCUUGUAAUUUUUCCCGUACUUAAAGAGGACGAAAUCGUCCGUUUGAUACGUUAUGACUGGUUAAUAAUUUUGUAUGGGAAUAAAUUGUGUCUGAAGUACGGUCCCAAUCAUUUUCAGCACAAUAUGGUCCGAGCAAGAUUACGCUUGAUGGGCCGUUUUUUACAGGCGGCUAAACAAUUAAACUCUAAUAUUACGGAGCUUGCUCAACUAUUUAAUCCUAAAUUUGUUGAUUUAGUAGUAGAUGCAAUAGCACUUGUUGCUAGGAUUAACCGCAUUAAAAAUUCCUGCGAAGCACCUGCGGUAGCGGAAAAUUUAGUGACGUACAUUAAGCAAAUAGGAUUACUACUAGAAGCUGAAUACGUGAAAAGACAAGAUGAAGAAUCAUUAAAACAAGUAAUAAAUUUUUCUAAAGUUUAUAAGACAGAAGCUCCAGACUCCAUUAAUAAGAUCGCAAUGGAAGCUCAAGCCAAAUUCAAACGACAAAAAGUUGUAGUGUUACCAAUGACUGAUGAUAUUAAAAAAUUAGUUUCGUACCUAAGAAAGGAAAGGAACCGAUGUUUUGGUAUUUUGAAAGAAAAAUUUGUAUUUUCUGAAUGGUUGAAUGGUUUGAAAUUAGUAGCUGUUUACCUUCUGGUUUUCAACCGCCGGCGAGUUGGAGACAUUCAAAAUAUUCUAACGAGUGAUUUAGAUAAAUUAGAAAGCAUUGAUGCAGGAGCUGAUAAAGAAGAGUUUAAUAAACUAGAUGAUGUUGGGAAAAAAAUUGCCACUAAAUUUUAUCGUUUUGAAGUAAGAGGAAAAUUAAAUCGCAUCGUUGCUGUAAUUGCAAAAGCUGACUUAAUUGAAGAGUUGAAAUUAUUACGUGCUUACCGUAGUCAAGCAAAAGUUCCAGUACACAAUGAAUUUUUAUUCGGCUUACCAAACCCUAUAACUGAUCGUAUCCGAGUGUUGAAUCUAUGUAAAGAGAUGAGGAUAAUUUCAGAAUUGUGUGGAGCUGAAAAACCACAGUUAUUGCGUGGGACUGGUCUUCGCAAACAUGUGGCAACUAAAUGUGUCGAACUCGAUUUAACUGAAACUGCUCUUUCCGACGUUAUCGGACAUUUAGGGCACUCUGAUAAAAUCCAUCGGGAAAUUUAUCGUCAGCCUCUUAAAUCUAAAACGAUUGUACAGGUUACAAAAGUUCUUGAAGCAGCCAGAGGUAAUGAUGACGAUGUUGGUGCUGAUGAUGAUGACGAAGAUGAUCAGAGUGAAUACAGUGAAAUCCCUAUCAGUGCAGAAAGUGAUAUUAAUGAAAUUAAUAAUCAAUCACUUUGUGAAACAAAAAAUGUUGAGUCGUCAUUUAGCGAGUCCGUACCGUCAACCUCUAGUGAUAUUACCUAUGGGAAACCAUGUGAAAAUUUAUCUUCAAGCCCAGCUACAAACAAACCGAUUAAACGUUAUUUGUGGUCUGCCACAGAAAAAAAUAUAAUAUGUUCUGAAUUCAAAAAAUAUUUGGAAUCCAGAACUUUGCCAUCUUUUGCAGUUAUCGAUGAGCUUAAAAAAAGAUACCCAUGUUUGGAAAAUCGCUCACGUCAAUCGAUUAAAACAUGGGUGUCUAAUCAAUUUAAAGUGCCAUCAAAGUCAAGUACUAAAUUAAGAGUUAUAUCUAAUCAAGCAGUUAAUAUUGACUUAGCUAAAUUUAAAAAUACAAAAUCUCAAGAUAUCCCAUAAAAUAUUAGGUAUAUCAUAAAGUACGUCGAAUAUAUUUAUUAGGGUGCUUCAAAAAAAACUUUAGUUUUUUUUUUUUGCUCUUACCCCAUAAAACGUUAGUGGUUGCCGAGAAAAAAAUUCUCCCAAACGAUGGGCUCUCUAGCUCAACUCUAAGAGGUCGCUAUUUUAAUUUUAAUUUCCCAUCUGAUUAACACGUAAAAAUUUAUUUUUUCAUUCAAAGUGUAAUUACUCGUACACUGCUCAAUAUUUUUCAAAUUUAUACAUAAACCUUUAAAGCUGAGUCCUCAAGCUUUCCAAAAGUCUAUGGCAAGUCAUAAUUACCAUUAUUCAAAUGUCAAUUGAAGCUAUCUGAAAAGUAUCGAUUUUGUAUUUCAAAAUGAAAUUGUUAAUUUUCGAUUUUUUUUUGCUAGCUUCAAUUAGGGAUAGUUAUGACUUGUCAUAGGAUUUUGGAAAGCUUGAAAAAUCAACUUUGAAGAUUUAUGUAUAGAUUUGAAAAAUAUUGAGCAGCUUAUGAGUAAUUACACUUUGAAUGAAAAAAUAAAUUUUUACAUGUUAAUCAGAUCGGAAAUUAAAAUUAAAAUAGCGACUUCUUAGAGUUGAGCUAGAGAGCCCAUCUUUUGGAAAGAUUUUUUUCUCGGCAACCACUAACGUUUCAGGGGGUAAGAGCGAAAAAAAAAACUUAAAGUUUUUUUUUGAAGCACCCUAAUAUUUAUCCAAAACAAUUUUAUACUUAUAGUUUAACAGAGCUGAUAGACUUUUAAUAUUCUAGUCGGCAUCAAUAUUAUAAGAAAAAAGUUAAACUUAUUAUUUAUCUACUUAAAUAUAGAAUAUUUUUAUUUAUUACUUUUUUUUUUAGUUUAUAAGACGUAUUCAUUACAAAAUAAUUUAUAUGGUAACAAAAUGUUAUCUUAUUUCAGAGAAAAAGUUUUGUAAUUGUUCAUUUCCAGAAUAAUUUUACUCAAUAACAUUUACGAUUAUUAUAGUUAUAUUUCGUAAAAUUAACAUGAAUAUCAAAACUUACUUCCUACUA